CACGUAGGGAGCAAGAAAUAAUCGCAGUGCUUGUCGGAAAUGUUCAGCGAGAUUUUCGUUUUUACUUUUUCUCAUCAAUUUCCGACAAGCGUUAAUUUUUAUUCGACAGUCAUUGUUAAGAGCUCGAGCAUAUUUUUACACUGAAAAAACACGACGACAAAAUCUAAAAUCAUUCGGUCAAGUUCACACGGGGGCAUUUCUCAACUAGCAACAACGCAACACAUGCUCGCAUUCUUUGCGGCGCAAAACCCCUUGUCCAGUAAUGUCCAGCAGUUGUUUCCGCGCUGAUCGAGAAGUUCUUCGCAAUUCACCAUGAGUGCAUCAUCCGGGUAUUCUAGAUUGGAAUUUCUUAUGGCAAUUUAUGAAGAAUUCAACAACGACGCGAAGGAGUGGCCGAAUUAUGAAGCGUAUAUUAAAAACCUUAAGGGUGAACCAUUGUCAUUGAUGAUCAGAGAAUGUGGCCGUUUGGUUCCGGUGUACGACAAAAAUUCAGCCUUCGUUCAAUUCCAUCCCAUUAACAUGCCCGAAGUUAAAAUUAAGCGUAUUUGCUUGAUUGGGAUAAUCUUGAACAUGAAAAAGAGUGAGCAUUACCUCAGUUUCCAAGCUUACGAUGGAACCGGGACUAUCGAAGUAAAGUUCAAGCUCGCGUUCUACCAGCGCCAACUGAAAAGAAGAGCACUGCUUGACAGGUCGUUCGAUGUACUUCCAAAAGACGUUCGGAGAUACGAACGUAUGAUGAAUUUGACGGUCAAAGAGUUUGGCGGUUCCAAGAACGCUCGGCAACGAAUAAGACAGUUUCAGAGAAAUCACAGCCAGUGGUGGUCCGAAUGUAGUCAAGGAAUGUUAGGGAAGCCUCUCUGUAUUGGAAGUUACGUCUUUAUUUACGGCUACUGCAAUAUUAAUACGAAAAACAUCCGUGCGAAGGUUCGAAGAAACGAUAACUUUUGGGCGAACGAUUUAUUGCCCGAACUCAUUUUCAAUGCUUAUGAUGUUCAAUCCAUAUCUGAGGAUACGUUCAACGAAGCGAUGGAGCGAGGGCCGAAUACUAUUUUUCUGGAAAAACGUGUCCGGUCUAAACAUACUUGGUAUACAGGGAUUAACUUCCAACAAAAGCCAAUGACCCAGAGAUGAAAAGCUUUAAAAAUUCACCGGUUGAUGAGAAAAUACAUAAAAUAUUUUUAUAAUAGUUUGUAUUAUUUAUAAUGUAUUAAUCGAUUAUAAGUAACUGAAGUAUUAUUACAAAAACGAGAAUUUGUUGAUGAAUUAAAUAUUUUGAAAAUUA